AUGGACGACGAUCCAGCGUACAUGAGCUCGGUCUCGACACCCGACCUGUUGCAGAUUGCCACGGCCAUCUUCCUGUGUCUGUUGGCAAACAGUGGUUGGAACCUGAUCAGCCAGUACCUUGCGGUUUCUUUAUCUGGUAAAGUGCGAUCAUAUGGAACUUCUGUUGGAUCCAAGAUGGACGAUUCGGAAGCCGGGUCUGUGUUAAUCUCAAAUGGCACUUUUUGUUCGAAUAGCUUUAGGCUCCAGGAAUGGCUCGAUGUGACUAGGACUUGUAAAGUUGUACCCCGUCAGUGCCAAUUCGGGGAAUAUCACAAUAUCCGGUUUCUUGCUCUUCACUGCUUCAACCAGCUUGCUAGCCGUCCGCACAUUCUCCUCGAUCUUCCCCAACAACGGGUUCAGCUGGAUGGCUGCUAUUCUAAGACGCAUCAAGAAAAUAAUGUUUCGUUAAUUUUUUCCGCCUCAAUGACUGUCCCCGAUCUUUUACUGGACUCGGCGCUCAAAUUAUGGGUGCUCCUACCAAUCUCCGUGGUGAUGGUGCUUGUGGGUAUUCUGCGAUCGUACAUCUCCGUUUUGCUGCAACCGAAGCUCAAAUUGCAAGAUUAUAAACUACUUAGAGAACAACAACACUUGACCAGACUGAAGACUUAUCGCCGCAACUUCUCCGUGUUUUGGUACAAACAAGAGCUUUCUAACCGAAUUGAGUAUUUUGCCACCGCAUACAGCGGCACAAAGUAUCUUAAGGAGCCACCAUCGACCAACCCAAACGAGGUGAAAAAUCCGCUCGCCGACGCAAACUCCUCGGAUUUCUUGUUCCAGAUGUUGAAAGGUAACAUUGCCAACUACGUGCCGCAAACCCUCAUUAUGUGGUGGGUUAACUACUUCUUCAAAGGAUACGUCGUGAUGCGUCUGCCGUUCAACCUGACCGGAAACUUCAAAAGCAUGCUCCAACAGAGUAUCGACACCCCAGAUCUGGACGUUACUUAUGUGAGUGCUAUUUCAUGGUACUUUGUCAACCUCAUGGGUUUGCGCAGUAUAUACUCGUUGAUCCUCGACGAUGGAGAACUGGUCAACCAACUGAUGGCCCAACAGCAGCAGCAGCCGGUGAUGCCAUCUCUAGCUGGCGCAGGUCCGUCAGUUGAGAAGCAGUUCAAGUCUGAAAUUGAAAAUUUACGGAUUGUUCCCUUCAAGAGCUGUUUAGAGGGAGUGGAGGACCGGUUUUUCCUGCUCGUUGAACCAGCUAAAGAUGGACUCGACAGAAACUGCCGAGAUUGGCUCGUGUUGGAACUUGAACGCAGAUCCAAGAGGUUUCAUAAACGCCAUGAAAACCAGUUUCCUGCUCUCAAAGUCUGCUUGGAUUGCGUUUGCCGUGUUAUUAAUGAGCGAAAUAUAACUUUCCACAACAGCACUGGACGGAACCAGGUCUCUUUCCAGAAGCGAUACCAGGAGUUGAGCAGCAAGACGAAAGUCGUUGUGAAAAAUGGCAAACUCCAACAGCUGGGAUUGCAACUGCAACGGGCAUUCGCUUGUGAAGCUCUGUGUCGGGUUGGAUUGGUUGAGCUGGUCAAUAACUUGUUGGAUACGCUAACCACUUUCUGCUCAAACUCGGGACUUAUCUGCUCGCUGAGUGUCAGGAGACCACAGACAAGCGUUGCGUGGGUGUAUCGGUCGAGCGUUGAGGUGAGGAACUCUAGGAUUUCCGGGACAUCGACCCUGGACGACAUCUCGACGACUUUGUCGCGGAUCUCCGAUGGUAACUGGGUCUGUUGGUGCAAAGCUGUGCUCGGAACAGUGUCCAAUGCUUUUCCUGCGAUUCUGCCUGUCUUUGAAGCCACCAUCUGCAGAACACCCAGAUUGGUGAACUUGGGACUUCUGGAGACCUUGUCCUUAACGGUCACGAGGUCGUAG